GGGCUCGAGUGGGUGUGGGGGGACGCCGGAAGGACGGAGGGACCCAAAAGAGGCUCCAGCGGCGCCGCCCGGAUGACUCGCCAUCUCCAUCCUGCAUGUAGAGGGACGGUCACCGCGGGCGAGAGCCGGUCCGGUGUCCCGGCGGUGCGCGCGAGCGACCGGUCCGUGGGUUCCGAGUGCCGGGUCACAUCUCCUUCCUCCUUCGGGCCAUGAUGUCUUCAAGGCUGUUCUCCGCAGGAUGUUGGGGUGUGCUGGAGGGCCUAGGGCACUGGACUCUGUCCUCUGGGGCAGCCCUCCGCCAGCCCCUCCCUCGGCCCAGCAGCCCCCGGGGGCUGGCGCUCAGCUGCGUGGACCGGGACAAGGCAUCCCCCGGGAAGAAGCUGCUGUCCGAGAAGAAACUGAAAAGACACUUCGUAGACCACCGCCGGGUGCUGGUCCGGGGGGGCCGAGGAGGCGACGGAGCGAGCUGCUUCCACAGCGAGCCCCGCAAGGAGUUCGGGGGCCCCGACGGGGGCGACGGCGGCAGCGGCGGCCAUGUCAUCCUGAAAGGCAGUCGAUCGGCAGCUGAAGUCCCUGUCCUCGGUCCUGUCCCAGUACCAGGGCUUCUGCGGAGAAGACGGUGGCAGCAAGAACUGCUUCGGGCGAGGCGGUGCCGCCCUCUACGUCCAGGUCCCCAUGGGCACAUUAGUGAAGGAAGGGAGCGAGGUGGUGGCCGACCUGUCGCACCCGGGGGACGAGUACGUCGCUGCCCUGGGCGGGGCCGGAGGAAAGGGCAACCGCUUCUUCCUGGCCAACGACAACCGCGCACCCGUCACCUGCACCCCCGGGGAGCCCGGGCAGGAGCGGGUCCUCUCGCUGGAGCUCAAGACCGUGGCCCACGCUGGCAUGACGGAGGAGGCGGCAGCGUGUCCCCUGUCUGGCAGGUCGGGUUCCCCAACGCGGGCAAGUCCUCGCUCCUCCGGGCCAUUUCGAACGCGAAGCCCACCGUGGCUGCGUACCCGUUCACGACCUUGAAGCCUCACGUUGGCAUCGUGCACUAUGAGGACCACCAGCAGAUAGCAGUGGCCGACGUGCCGGGCCUCAUCCGAGGCGCCCACCAGAACCGGGGCCUGGGGCUGGCCUUCCUCAGGCACAUCGAGCGCUGCGGCUUCCUGCUGUUCGUGCUGGACUUGGCGGCGCCGGAGCCCUGGGCCCAGCUCGAGGACCUGAAGUUCGAGCUGGAGAAGUACCAGCAAGGCCUGUCUCAGCGACCACAGGCCGUCAUCGCCAACAAGGUUGACCUGCCGGAGGCACGAGCCAACCUGCCUGAGCUGCAGGCCCGCCUGGGCGGCACGGCCAUCGCCCUGUCGGCCGUCACUGGGGAGAACCUGGAGGGGCUGCUGCUGUGCCUCAAACAGCUGCACGACGCACACACGGCCGCCGAGCUGGCACAGGGCCGCCAGCCACUCAGGUGGUAGCAGACCCCGUGGCGGCUCGGGGCUGCAGGGCCGCCUCCCUGCUCUGCACGGCCGCCCGCCACCGCCCCAAAGCCUGCCUGCUCUCUCACUGGCGGGACGGGCUUGUCCCUGUGGUUGGUGCCCGAUGCAGCAGGGGCCGCGCUUCGGGUGUGCAGGGCAUCGGCCUGGCGGGACUGGAGCCGGGGGCGCCCUCGCGGCUCUCAGCACUAGCCUGCAGGACGGCGGCUGCCCCAGGUGGGCCCGUGAGUCCCCCAUUGUCCCCAUGGCCACAGAGCAUCUGGGGACAGGCCCCGUCUGCAGGUGCCACGCACCUCUCCGACGCAGCUUGUGGAGCUGCAGGGAGGUGAACCCUGCUGUCCCCCGGCUACCGAGCUCAGGAGCCGAGCCGGUGCUGGCGUCACGACUGAGCGCACCCAAUAUCCGGUCCUGGUCCGUACAGCGGCGGUAGACAGAGGGCGGCUGGGCCCCCGCUGCCCCCCCCCACCUUCCUGAUGGCUCAGGAGAGCUUUAGGGGGCUGGCCAGUCUCGGCAGAGUGACCGCUGGGAGGCUGGGGGCACCAGAGGCCGCCCUGCCCACUGACCACAGGCCCGUGAGGACAGCUGGGCUGCAGCUGCCGCCGCUCUUUCACUCCCACAAAACACAGUCACUGUUUCCCCAAUAAAGUCUGAUGCUGCUGA